AUGGCUGUGGACUCCCGAUCGGAGAUCAAUGGCUCCGACCUGAUCACAGCAUUGAAACUCUCCCAACAAGCACCGUCCCUUCUCCACUCCGCCACCCCCGAAUCCGUCGAGGAGUAUGCCCGACUCGAGCAACUAUUCCUAGCCUGUCUACGCACCGGGGACGACAAAUCCGCCCAGGCCUGUCUCACCCGCCUCAGCCAACGGUUUGGCCCAUCCAACGAGCGCGUCAUCGGACUUCGAGGCUUAUACGAAGAGGCUGUGGCCGGGGACCACGCCGCGCUGGAGAAAUGCCUGACGGGAUACGAGCAGAUCCUCGCCGACGACCCCGUCAAUGUGCCCAUCCUGAAGCGUCGAGUGGCCCUGUUACGGUCCUUAAAGCGACCCGCGGAUGCGAUCACCGCCUUAAUUCAGUUGCUCGACGCGAUCCCCACCGAUGCCGAAGCCUGGUGUGAGCUUUCCGAUCUCUACCAGUCCCAGGGGCUGAGUCCGCAGGCGAUCUUCAGCCUUGAAGAAGCGCUGCUGAUCGCCCCGAAUGCGUGGAACAUCCACGCCAGGAUGGGUGAACUGCUCUACGUGAGCGCCUUAGCGGAGGGGAAAGCCGUCCGGCUUCUGAGCAAGUCGGUGCAGCAUUUCUGCCGGAGCAUCGAGCUCUGCGACGACUAUCUACGGGGCUUGUAUGGCCUUGUUCUGGCUGCGUCACAGAUGCUGGAGAGUGUGCCCGAGGAUGCCAACGCUGGGCGAUUGAAGGCAUUUGGGCUGAAGCGACUCGGAGCGAUCGUGCAGGCGCGGACGCUGGAUGAGCAGAACUGGGCCAGCAGCCGAAGUGAACUGAUCGCGGCCAAAGAGUUGCUGAACUGUAAUAAUAGUUAG